UUAUUUGAUGAUAAAUUGACUUGAUUGUUGUAAUAGAUUUGGUGGAGCACACUCAAUCAGAGCACACGGCCACUACUUGAACUGCAUGUGCAAAUUUUGAGUUACAGUCUACAACACAGGAAGACGAGAAAAUCAUGUCUCAGUCUACCUUACGAAUAGACCCUAAAUGGGAAACUCAUUUGAGGCCCCAAUACAUGGAGGUGGCGAUACUCUUAUCUCCAAGUCGGCAUCACCUCACCUCCAGACUUUAUAGCAAACAUCUUCUCACUGUAUCGGAGGAGGAAGAGUUCAACAAAUUGUCUAAGUCCAAGUCAGAAGAAGAAGUGGCAAAGGAAAUUUUGGGUGUGCUGCGCAAGCAAAGCGUCGGAUCGUUUGAGAAAUUUUGUGAAGUUCUCAGUGAUGUUGGAGAUUCUACUUUAGAUGAUGUGGUCAAGCGACUUCGUCGAGACAGCAUCGAGACAGCUGCUAUGGAAACGUCAGGGAGAGGCAGAGACACACCGACGGUGUUCACAGAACGUGUGAGAGCGAUUCCGUCAUCUGCGCAUGCGUCAGCUGUCAGACUUGAAUCUGCGCAGGCGCACUCGUCCCACGCUUACGAAAAGGAGUCGUGGCCUGCCAUUCGAAAAAACUACCAUUUCCUGUCACAACGUCUUCGCCUGAGCGCAGACUUUCUUGGCUGUUUGUAUGAGCAAAGUUUCAUCAACAAAGAUGACUUGGACGCUUUCCACAGCAUCUCUCUUCCUCGUGAUCAAAAGUUGCGUCUCCUUCUUGUUGACAUUCUUCCCACUAGACCACCUAGCAUGUUUACCACUUUCUGCAACAUUCUUCGCCACCUAGGCCAACCACAUGUCGCUGAAAGGCUGGAAAGGUAUGAGACGGACAGACUGGAUUGUGUAGAAGGAAGUAGAAGAUCACAAGAGAAAGAGAAAACAGCAGAAAGGAAACAAACAGAAGCUGCAAACGCACGUGCUGAUGCUGCAGAGGCUCAAGCUGAUGCUGCAAACGCACGUGCUGAUGCUGCAGAGAGCAAAGCGAAGAAAGAAGUGGCAGAAAAGAUGGAAGGAAAAUGGACAAUUUUGGCUCUUCGAUGUGACAAAGCACAACACGCAGAAGGGGUUGAUAUCAAUGACAGUCUGCCAUCAUGGACACAGUGGAAUGUACACAUGCCUCAUGACUGUUUGUUGUCAUAUAAUAGAAUGGGAGAGAUUGAAGGCAGACUAGUGGUAGGAGGUCUUGAUGGUAAUCUGCAUGUUCUCACUUAUGAACAUGAUAAGUGGGACAAGUUUGUCAGAAAGAAUGGUGACAUCUGGAAGGUAGUGUGUCAUCAAGGUGUGUGUCUGGUGUGUGUGAAGGAUGGAGAUAAACAUCAGUUUGUGAUUGAACAAUUUUAUUUGAAUGAAGACAAGAAAUGGCGUUUCCUCACAGUUCUACCAAACGAACUGCAGUUGCAUUGUGUAUCUGUUGCUCUUCAUGACAACUCACUGUAUGUGGUGGGUGGUAUGACUAAGUCAGGGGAGAGAGUGAACACAGCACGUGUGUGUGACCUUCACAGCGGUCAUUGGUAUAAGAUGGAUGACAUGCAAACAAAACGUAGUUACUGUUCUUCUGUUAUUAUAAACAACACAGUGUUUGUAGGGGGAGGAAGGACUGAUGGAUCUUACUUUAGUAAUAUCGUUGAGUGUGCAGAUGUUCGUGAUAGAAAAUGGAGAACAAUCCCCUCUACAACCACAUAUUGUCCUACACUAACGUCAGUCAGUAACAGACUGGUGGGGACUGGAGGAUUGACACAACAACAGUGGUUUUCUCCUCUUUCUAAUAUUGUAGAAUUAUAUGAUGAGAGAUCUACCAAAUGGCUUCCUCUUCCACUCAUGACACACAAACGGUGGUCACAUGCUGCAUUCUCAACUCAGAAUGGAGAACUCAUCAUAGCAGGAGAGGCUUAUGAAGAUUCAAUAGAAAGUCUUAAGUGUGACUAAUAUUUGCAUUUCCUUUCAAUUUGUGUGUAUUUGUUAUAUUAUAAUCUCUAGUGUUUGUAUAAAGACAAUUUGGUGUGAAAUUUAGUGUGUGUAACAUAAACUAGAUCGUGAACGUUGUUUUCUUAAUUAGUAGUCACGUGAUUUGCAUUUUGAACGAGCAGUGGUGAAGUGGAAAAAGGAAUGCAAGCGUUGAA